UCUGUCGGCUUGUCGGCUAAUGCGGUCAAGCCUCUCGGAGCCGGGCGUGGGUUUUAUUUUUUGCGACUUGUUUCAAUGCGAGAGAAGCCUUCAACCAGCAGUAGAUAGAGCGUGGCUGUUGACGGUGAUGACGGGAAAGUUAAUCGGCACGGUAUCCGAACCCGAUCCGGAUGACACUUAAAAAAACCGCGCCCUGUAUACGCGAUAAUAAAUAACACGUUGCGUACAGUAUACUUACAUAAGCCGUAGGCGACGCGAGAAAUAAGGCGCGUGGGGGUUUAGCCCCGGCCCAAGAGCCCCUCCAGGCGGUACCGCGUCCCGACGCUUGUCAGAAGACGCUGCCCCGACCCGCACGGCUGCUGCUGGGGGCGGGCGGGCGGGCGGGCUUCAACCAGCACCACCGCCAGUGUUCCACCACGGCCGCGCCGCGAGAUUUAAGCGAACCGGCGACCUCCGGAUGGCAAAGGUCUAAGCGUGUUGAUCGUCAUACACCAAAUGUGUCACGAUUUAUUGUAGGGCGCUUAAUUGACCACUGGGAAGCGUGCGGCGCGUAGGGUAUAUUGAACUUCUUUCGCACCAUACGUAGCCACACUGCCAAUCGGAGGUGCGGGGGAAGGACAACAAACUAAACACGAAAACGCAGUUCUCAAGAAAUUAGUUUUCCGUAGAGAUUUAAAAGUACAUAGCUGAAGUGGCUUCCUAAUAUCGGAGGAGCAUUCCAGACUACCACAUAAGUCAUCUGAAAGCGUGCGAUGGCUUAGCCAGAAGCUGCUGCGAGGAUGACCGGAACUCGCGUGAUGUUUUAUGCACCUUGCCGAGAUCGGCAGCGAGGUGGUGAUGGAGACGUGCCAGCAAGCGCCAGAUGGAGGCUGGGGCUGGCUCAUUGUCCUGGCCGCUUUCGUUCAGGUGUCCCUGGUGUUUGGCGUGGUCCCAUUGCCAGUACGCUCAGCAACCAGUUUGGGUCGAGAUCCGUCGUGAUCGUGGGCGGCAUUUCAGCGUGCAUUGGAUUUCUUUGCGCUUCCUUCGCACACUGUCUCCUGCACCUGUACCUUUCUCUUGGACUGUUGACAGGUUUUGGCUGGGCCAUGGUCUUCAGUCCAUCAAUAUCAACAUUGUCUAAGUAUUUUGAUAAAAGGAGAUCUUUGGCUUUAGGGAUUGCAUUUUCUGGCGUGGGAAUGUCGUCCUUUGCCUUCUCUCCGUUAUUUCAAAUGCUCGUGGAGACAUACACAUGGCGGGGAGCGUUGAUGAUCCUCGCUGGCCUUGAGCUCAAUCUGUGUGUCUGUGGUGCUUUGUUGAGACCAAUUCGCCUGAGAGAAGAUUAUAUGUUUCAAACUGAAAACGCAGCAAAACACCGAUCCUUGACAACACUGAAGAAGCUGCAUGCGUUGUUGGAUUUGGAUUUGCUCAAACAUCGCGGGUUUAUGGUGUUCACACUUUCAUUCACCUUCAUCAACACUGGGUUUUUUAUACCCUAUGUGCACUUUCUGGCCCACCUGCAAAUGCUCGGCUUCAGUAGUUUGUCUGGAGCCUUCGUAAUCUCUGCCGUUGCAGUGGCUGAUAUAGUCGCUCGAUUGUUUUCUGGAUGGCUGGCAGAUCUGCACAGAAUUCGUAUGGUACAUUUGUUUUUCUUUUGGACACUCACGACAGGAAUAAUAAUUGUAAUUAUCCCUUUUGGACAAACGUACAUGGACAUGAUUAUAAUUGGCAUCGUGUAUGGAUUUGCAAGUGGCGCGAUGGCACCGAUUGGUAUCUCUUUGCUCUCCAAAAUUGUUGGGAUUGCACGCAUUACCAGUGCAAUCGGCUUUUUGAUGCUGCUGGAAAGCGUUGGCAGCCUGCUGGGCCCUCCAAUCUCAGGUUUUCUAAAAGACUACACGGGGGAUUAUAAAAUGUCAUUUAUUGCCUCCGGAUUGGUUAUUAUUCUCGGAUGUUUGGUUCUCCCGAUGCUGGCAAAUUUUUUUUCCUGUUCAACGUCCAUGGACUUUGCUAUGGAUAAACAAUACCAAGGAACGGACAAUGAAGACGAAUCCGCAGUGUCUGGUGAGGUAAAGCAACCUCCCAGGCGGCUCUCGGCCGAGCGAUGCGACCAACAUGAGGUCACCAACGGUGCAGAUCUACCACCCUCUCAAGUCGUCAGUGAGACCGCAUCAACAGCCACUAAUGUGUGAGGACCACAACAAAACGCGGUCGGGGCAAUACGUUGCGACAAUUGGCGUUGCACAUCUACACCGAUAGUGUUAACAUAAUAUUUUGCCAGAUUUAAUAUUUAAAUUAAAUCGUGCUUUUAUUUUUGUUUACAUUGUCGGAAUUGUAUGUAUUCCACAGAGAUAAUAGGGGCGAUUAAUACUUUGGGGAAGUGUGUAAAUCAGCGGUGGAUGGAAGCUAAAAUGUUGUGAAGCCAGGUCGCCCUUGUAAUAGCGGCGAUUACUCGUACUCCACUGGGUUUAUUGCAUCUCCUGGUUAAAUAGCGGACUGCCCAACUCACGAUAGAUAGGGAAGUGUCACGCAUCUCAAAAUUGUGCUCACCCCCAUUCAUAAUAACAAUCAACAUCACGAUGAUUGUUAUUAACAGUGUCAUUGUCACGAACAAGUCAUAAUUAUCUUCUUGGUUCUUUCAGUAAAGUCACGUAGAAUGGAAAUAAUAAAAUUAUAAAAAUUCUACAUAAAAUUAUUCUCACGACGUUUCGGCCAC